UUUUCUACCGAGGCGUAAGGAUUAAAAAUUAAAGCCUCGAAUAAAAUAACUGUAAAGAAAUAAAGAAAGAUUAGUGAGGGAAUACACUUCCGCUUGUACCGUUCGCGCCUUCCGCUUUUCUUCCGGAUGUGCACAUUUCGGCUGGUAGGAGCAGUGUUUCUGCUCCAGUCAGGUGCAGUUUUACACAAUGAAGGUCGUUACUUGGAACAUAAACGGCAUCAGGGCUUUCAGAGGCGGCAUAAAAAAGGCGCUUGACUCCCUGGACGCAGAUGUUAUCUGUAUUCAGGAGACAAAAGUGACGCGAGACUUGCUAGAUGAAAGGAUUGCUAUUGUUGACGGCUACAACUCCUAUUUCAGCUACAGCCGCGGACGCAGCGGCUACUCAGGGGUUGCUACUUACUGUAAGGACAGUGCCACUCCAUUUGCUGCUGAGGAGGGUCUCACUGGUCUGCUGACCAACCACAAAAGUGCUGUUGGAUGCUACGGUGAUCACAGCGAGUUUUCAAGUGAGGAUCUGCAGCUGCUGGACAAUGAAGGACGUGCUGUAAUCACACAACACAGAGUAAAUUGUCAGGAUAAAGAGAAAACCCUUACUGUUAUUAAUGUAUACUGUCCGAGGGCUGACCCUGAAAAGCCUGAGAGAAAACAGUUCAAACUACAGUUCUACAAUUUGCUUCAGAGUCGAGCUGAAGCUGUACUCAAAAAUGGAAGCCAUGUGAUUGUUUUAGGAGACAUAAACACAUCUCACAGACAAAUAGACCACUGUGACCCCAGUGAAAUUGAUGAUUUUGAUGAAAACCCUGGGAGGAAAUGGCUGAAUGGCUUUUUGCACAGUGACGAAAAAGAAGAGGGUAGCGAUGAGGAGGAACAUGAUGAAGAAUGCGAGGUAACAGAUCCGCUCCACAGUGGAAAAUUUGUGGAUACGUUUCGCUUUUUCCACCCAACUCGCAUCAGCGCCUUCACGUGUUGGUCCACUCUCACUGGAGCCCGGCAGACCAACUAUGGCACACGCAUCGAUUACAUAUUUGCUGACUGCCAGCUGGCCAAGGAACAGUUUGUAGCAGCAGAUAUCAUGCCAGAGGUGGAGGGUUCAGAUCACUGCCCUGUGUGGGGGCAACUGAGCUGCUCUCUCAUUCCCAGUCCCAAGCCUCCUCCCCUCUGUACUCGCUACCUGCCAGAGUUUGCAGGUAAACAGCAGAAACUCUCACGCUUCCUCGUUAAGGUGGACCAAAGAUCAGCUCAGUCUGAGCAGAAGAGUGAUUUACCUGGCUCUCAAGAAGAGGGGGAAAGGAGAGAGAAUUUAAACCCAUCUGGAGCUGCAAACUUCUCUGGGAAAAAACGGUUAUUGGCAUCAGACUCUGUUGCCCCGAAGGGAAAAAAGACUAAGACAGUAAAUGCUUCUUCAAAGCCUCAGGGCAACCUCCUUUCCUUUUUCAAACCCAAACUCACAAACGUCAACCAAUGUGAAGAAACACUAAAGCUGGAUGAAGGUGGCAAACCAUCUAUAACUGGAGAUGUGGUCUCAGUCACAGACACCAAAUCUGAAGAUUCUGAGCUCACCUCUAAUGGUUCAUCACAGCGGUGCUCCACAGCUGAAACUGAUCAACAGAUGAAGACAAUACAUUCGACCCCUCAGCCCACUGUGAGGCAGUCAGAUGCAAAGAAAGGGACAUCGUCAGUGUUUUGGAAGUCAGUGCUUCAUGGACCACCUGCACCACCAUGCUGUAAAGUCCAUGGGGAACCUUGUGUUCUUCGUACUGUAAAAAAGGAGGGGCCAAACAUGGGCAAACAGUUUUUUGUGUGUGCACGUCCUCAGGGACAUGCUUCCAAUCCUGAGGCUCGAUGCAAUUUUUUCGCAUGGGUUGACAGAGCAAAGUGACAUGUUUACGUUGAGGACCAUGACCAUUUAUAGGAUUACUACACAGUUGUCUUGUCAUUUCACAUAUUUUAAAUGUUGACUACCGGUAUUUG